AUGUCGACACCUACCUCCAUCCUUUCACGAGGAGUAUCAGUCUACUCGAUCCCUACUGAACUCCUGGCCAACCUCUCAGUCCGAUCAAUACAAGCUCAACCUCCCGCCGAAGCGGAAGAAAUCAAACCUAAAUCGACAGCUGCCAAAACGGCUCAAGCGAACCUCCCGGGAGCAGCUGGAUUGAGCUGCCAGACAUGUCCAAACGCCAACUUUGAUACUGUGGAAGAGCAGAGAGCACAUUUCAAGUCGGAUUGGCACAGAUAUAAUGCCAAAGCUAAACUGGCCGGAAGAACAGUCAGUGCGGAGCAGUGGGAAGGUAUGGUAGAGGGCAUAUCAUCCAUAUCGGGCUCCGAUUCCGGAUCCUCAUCUUCAUCCGGCUCAUCCUCACAAUCCAAAGUCGCUCGAUUACUGAAACGUCAAACAAUCGAUAACAAUCAGAAUCUAUCAGAUGAUGAAGAAGCACUAGAACUAGCAGAUAGACAACGUCGUGCCCACCUGCGUACAGCGGUAAUAUGGUUCUCGCCCACUACAUCAAUACCUUCAUUGGGUGUACCGAAAGAUACCCAGUUCGGUGUGCAUCGAGCUCUGUUCCCACCGUUCGAUACUGCCGCGGAUUAUCUGACUGAACUGAAGAGGAUGCAGCUGAGUGGGAAUAACGAGGAAGAUGGAGAAAGGAGAUUGACAUUGUUAAUGGUUGCCGGAGGUCAUUUUGCCGGGAUGAUAGUUUCCAUCAAACCUAGAGGUAAAAGUGAGAAACAGGAGGUAAAAGGUGCAGGAGAAGUUAGGGUGUUGAAGCACAAGACGUUCCAUAGGUACACAACACGUAAGAAACAAGGUGGUUCUCAAGCUUUAAAUGAUAAUGCGAAAUCAAAAGCUGUCUCAGCGGGUGCGAUGUUACGUCGAUAUGGUGAACAAGCUCUUCAAGAGGAGAUUAGAGCUUUGAUGAUUGAAUGGGAAGAUGAUCUAGCGGCUUCAGAAAGGAUAUUUAUAAGAGCUAGUACGCACGGUAAAAAGAGUUUUUACGGGUAUGAAGGUGCGGUCUUGAGUAAGAAUGAUGAGAGGUUCAGGACUUUCCCUUUCCCUACCAGACGACCAACCCUUCAAGAACUCCUUCGAUGUUGGCAUGAGCUGACUCGAAUGAAAGUCUCACAUUUGUCUGAAGACGCUCUUCGAGCUUUAGAAGAAGAAUACAUCGCAUCCCUUCAACCCAAGAACAAACCUAUAAAACCUACUCCCGCACCCACCCCUGCUCCUACUGCACCUGCUAUACCAAAACUCUCCCCUGAGGAAGAAGCGAAAUUAGAUCGUCGUAAGAGGUUAGAAGAGAUGAUACGUAAAGGACGAUUAGACGCUCUCAAACCAUUUUGGACAAAGUACCAAACAGACUUUGAACCUUCCGAGAUAUUGGGUCUGGUAGCUUCAUCGGGUCAACAGGAGAUGCUCAAGUAUCUACUGGAAGAAGAAAGGUUAGAUCCCACACAACCUAUCCUUACGUCAAAUAACAGGAAACCAUACGAAUUAUCUGCGAAUAAGAAUAUACGUAAUGUGUUUAGACGAGUGGCACAUAAUCAUCCAGAAUGGUAUGAUUGGGUGGUGGAUGCGAGAGUCCCAUCAGGUCUGUCAGAUGAAUUGGAACAAGAGCAAAAUACCAAGAAGAAUGAAAGGAGAAAGGGGUUGAAAGAGAAAUUGAAAGAAAGAGAAAAACAAAGAGCGGCAGAAGCUGAAGUUGAAGAAGCAAGAGAAAAGGAAGCAGAAGAGCAAAAGCAGAAGGAAGAAGCUAUGAGAACGACAGCUAUGAACCUCAAUGGUAAUACUGGAGCUAAUAAGGGACCACAAAAGCUAGGAGGAAGAGUUGGUGGAGAAGGAUUGGGAGGGAUGAGUCAGGAGAUGAGGAUGCAGAUUGAACGUGAGAGAAGAGCAAGGGCUGCCGAGGCGAGAUUUGGAAGAGGAUGA